AUGACUUACAACACAGGACAUGGUCCUAAACUUGUUCAUAUAGUAGUGAGGCCAUUGAUGCACGAAUAUGUGAACGAUAGGCUUGCUACGAAAAUUGGCGAGAAAACGAUCAAUCUUCCACCUCUAGAGUCAAUCAAAGGUGGCCAAUAUAAUCUUGAGCGAGUUGGAGAUAAAGAAUUCAAGGAGGUAGGAAUUAGAGAUCAUACCUCUUGUAUCAUCCAAAAAGCCAAAAAUUUGAGAGGUCUUUUAUGGGUAGAUGAGAAGAAGGAAGAGUACGUUCUUGUUUGGUACUUCCACAUCAGUCAAAAUCAUAUGAUUGAGUAUAUAGCCGUUUGCAAGAACGGUGAAGAUCAUUACCGUGAGAUACUAACACGCUUGGGGUUACCAGUCAUAUAUGAUAUGGUACUAUUACCUUUUGGUGACAGUCUUUACGUCUCAACGACUAGUGGUUACAUUUAUAAACUUGAUUUGUCUGGAAAAGAAGUUUUAGAGACUAUAUCAUUUCUUCGGCCACCAUAUCCUUCGAGUGAUGAUAAAACAGUACUUAGCAAUAACAUUGCUGUUACAAUAUCAGGAGAGGUUUUAUUGGUUCAGAGGAUCUUUUACCAAUCAAAAGGGCAAAACAUCUUCCGUCUUUACAAAAAGGAUCCUAAUCAUAAAAGGAGGCCGCUUGUUAAGGUUGAUUCUCUAGGUGAUGAGGCCAUGCUUCUUGAUUUGGGUAUCACCGUGCCUGCUGAUCGUAACCUUGGUAUUGAACCAAACUCCAUAUAUUUCACUCGUCAUGACCGUUCUUGUAAACGUGGAUGGGGAACUUUGCACCUGGACAUAUGUGUGUUCAACCUUGCAACCCAGAAAAUCAAAUGUUUCCCGUGGCCAAGUCUCUCCAAAUUAAAGCUCAAGGAUCCUCGAUGGUUUCUCCCAUCUUGA